AAACUUCUACAAUGAGUAAACGUAAGUCAAAGGAGAGCAGUGGAACAAAUGGAGAAUGCAUUUCACAGGUGCAAAAAAUUUUACGUGAAAGAUUUUGUCACCAUUAUGCUACUGGAAAACUGUUUGGGAUUGAAAAUCAGUACAGACAUCUGCUGGAACUGCUGAAACGAACUACAGUUCAUGGAGAAAGUAAUUCUGCCCUCAUUAUUGGACCCCGAGGAUCAGGAAAGACUGUGUUACUAAAUCGUGUCUUAAAAGAGCUCAAGGAAAUGAAACAAGCUAGAGAGAACCUCUUGGAAGUUCAUCUGAAUGGGCUUCUGCAGACUAAUGAUAAAGUGGCACUGAAGGAGAUCACCAGACAGUUGCACCUGGAAAAUGUGGUUGGGGAUAAAGUUUUUGGCAGUUUUGCUGAAAACCUUGCGUUCCUUCUUGAAGCUUUAAGGAAAGGAGAUCGAACUAGCAGUUGUCCAGUCUUGUUUAUACUGGAUGAAUUUGACUUGUUUGUUCAUCACAAGAACCAGACACUGCUCUAUAACCUCUUUGAUAUAUCCCAGUCAGCACAGACUCCCGUAACAGUUAUUGGACUUACGUGUAGACAGGAUAUCCUGGAGCUCUUGGAGAAGAGAGUAAAAUCAAGGUUCUCUCAUCGACAGAUGUAUUUGAUGAAUUCCUUUGAUUUUAAACAAUACAUUAGGAUAUUUAAGGAACAGCUUUCUCUUCCCGCUGAAUUUCCUGAUGAGUCUUUUGCACAAAAAUGGAAUAGUAAUGUUCGGCACCUCUCUGAGGAUAAAACUGUGCAAGACAUGCUGCAGAACCUUUUUCAUUACACGAAAGAUCUGCGCUCGCUUAACUUGCUGUUGAUGCUUGCUGUAAGUAGCGUUACUGUGCAUCACCCACUUAUCACUGCGUCAGAUCUUCAUGAGGCAAGCAAGCAGUGUAGAAUGGACUCAAAAGCAAAUAUUGUACAUGGUUUGUCUGUCCUGGAAAUCUGCCUAAUUAUAGCAAUGAAACACUUAAAUGAUGUUUAUGAAGGAGAACCAUUUAACUUCCAGAUGGUUUACAAUGAAUUUCAGAAGUUCAUACAAAGGAAGGCGCAUUGCAUGUACAACUUCGAGAAGCCAGUUGUCAUGAAGGCAUUUGAACACUUGCUACAACUGGAAUUAGUCAAACCCAUAGAAAGACCAUCUGUGCGUGCUCAGAGAGAGUACCUCUUAAUGAAACUGCUUUUGGACAAUAAUCAAAUCAUGGAUGCUUUGCAGGCAUAUCCAAACUGCCCGACAGAUGUUAAACAGUGGGCAGCGUCAUCACUCAGCUGGUUGUGAACUUUAUGGAACUUGCAAUAUCGCCUUCUACAUCAACGCUUUUGAAGUUAACUGUGAACUCUAGAAGAUGUAAUGUUUGCCCACAGCAGGGUGUUCAAAUGAAUAAAUUUUUGGAAGAAGG